AUGGCUGCUCGUCCCCAAAACAUCGGUAUCAAGGCCAUUGAGGUCUACUUCCCCACUCAGUGCGUCGACCAGGUUGACCUCGAGAAGCACGAUGGUGUCAGUGCCGGAAAGUACACUAUUGGUCUCGGCCAGACCAAGAUGAGCUUCUGCGAUGACCGUGAGGACAUCUACUCCAUGUCCCUGACCACCCUCAACAACAUGAUGAAGAAGUACAACGUGGACCCCAAGUCCAUUGGUCGCCUCGAGGUCGGCACUGAGACCCUCCUGGACAAGUCCAAGUCCGUCAAGUCCGUCCUGAUGCAGCUGUUCGCCCCCUACGGCAACACCAACAUCGAGGGUAUUGACACCGUCAACGCCUGCUACGGUGGUACCAACGCCGUCUUCAACAGCAUCAACUGGCUCGAGUCCUCCGCCUGGGAUGGCCGUGAUGCCAUUGUCGUCUGCGGUGAUAUUGCCCUGUACGCCGCUGGUGCUGCCCGCCCUACCGGUGGUGCUGGCUGUGUCGCCAUGCUGAUCGGCCCUGACGCCCCUAUUGUUUUCGAGCCCGGUCUGCGUGCCUCAUACAUCACCCACGCCUAUGACUUCUACAAGCCCGACCUCACCAGCGAGUACCCCGUUGUUGACGGCCACUUCUCUCUCCGUUGCUACACCGAGGCCGUUGAUGCCUGCUACAAGGCCUACGGCACCCGCGAGCAGACCCUGAAGGCUAUUCAAAACGGUACCAACGGUGCUACCGAGUCCAAGACCGGCAUCGACCGCUUCGACUACAUCCUGUACCACGCCCCUACCUGCAAGCUGGUUCAGAAGUCUUUCGCCCGUAUGCACUACAACGACUUCCUGGCCAACCCUGCGGACCCCGCCUUCGCCGAGGCUGUCGAGAAGACCUUCAUGGCUCUGACCAAGAAGCGCUUCGCCGAGCGUGUGCAGCCCGGUCUCCAGGUUGCCACUCUCUGCGGUAACAUGUACACUGCUACCGUUUACGCCGGCCUUGCUAGCUUGCUCAGCCACGUUGAGUUCUCCCCCAACGAGCCCAAGCGCAUCGGUCUCUUCAGCUACGGCUCCGGCCUGGCUAGCUCCCUGUUCAGUGCCCACAUCGUUGGUGACGUUUCUCACAUCGUCAAGAACCUGGACCUGAAGAACCGCCUGGACAGCCGCACUCUGCGCGAGCACGCUCACCUGCAGAAGAACUUCAAGCCUUCCGGCAAGACCGAGACUCUGCAGUCUGGUACUUACUACCUCACCGAGGUUGACGACAUGUUCCGUCGCAAGUACGAGGUGAAGGCAUAA